AUGACCAAUACGUCGGACAUUCCAAACUUUACACCACCGACGAGCGGAACUCCAGUGGUCCCGGCAAAUCCUUUGAAGCCCAGUCUGGACAUCAAUCCACAAGGGAUCAGUAAGCGUGCACCAGCUUCACAAGAUCUGAGUAACAGUCCACCUCCUGUGCAGGAUAGGACGUCUCAUACAGUCCAAUCUAAACCGCAAACACCUUUGGCAUUGGACGGAUCCCCACAAAUGGUUAAUUUGUCUCCCUCUCCAGCAUCGCCCAGGCUACCCCCGUCACCACAUCCUCCAACUACCUCACCUGCAACACCAGUCACACCCAGGAGGAUCGUGACAAACAGACCAGAGCAACUGUCCGUUGACCUUACCCCAAGACGUCCUAAUCGACAACGACAAGAGCCAAAAUGGCUUAGUGAUUAUGAGCAUUAA